CUCCGAACCCCAUAUGUCCACAAAGGAACCCUUACUUCUGGUCGCAAUGGUGACCUCCCGGUACAUAAGUCCUGCUCUCAAGCUCCUGGUCCCUCGUCCUUCAUAUCGGUCUCUCUAGCAUGUCUUAUCCUCAGCACUAUACGCUCGGCGCGUCGAACGCGCCUCGCCAGCCUGCGCAGACACAAAGGUCCGCGAGGGGAGGGGACAGGGACCAAGGUUAUGCAAGCGCACCGAUGCCGUCGCUGGGUACCAGUAUGCCGCACCCACUUCACCCCGGCUUUGCUCCCGUUCUGCACUCCAGCGCGUGUCCUCCCCACCUCCGACAGAAAUCUGGCGGAAAGACUCCAUUAUCUCAUCCACAUCCACAUCCGCACCCGCCUGCUACUCCCCAACCUCCAGUCCCUCAGCUCAAUCGAGGAUCCAUGACCAUACGGAUCUGGGAAAUGCCGUCUUUCGCUUCGAUUCCUCCUCGAGCGCCCAGAUACGGUCCUUAUACACCGCCUAUCAAUCGACUGCCUCCGGAGUUGUUGUCCCAAAUCUUCGUCGGAGCACUGCCAUCCCAGCUCUUCCAAGCGACGUGCAGCCGCCGCAGCGUGCCGCUGGUUCUCAGCCACGUGUGCGGCUACUGGAGGGAGGUCGCGCUCGAUACAACUGCCCUCUGGCAGUGGAUCUCUCUUACAGAGUGUUCGUCGCGGCGCGCGCACCAUACUCGGAAGCUCGCACGCAGGUUCGUGCAGAGGACGAGAGGGGCGGAACUUAGCAUCUACUUCAUGGAUGCUGAAGCUGCGAGCGUACAGGCCAACCACUUCAAGUACAUGGCUAUGCGUUGCCCGGUUGAGCCCAUUCCUGCUCAUGAGCGCUGCCCGUGCGCUUUGGACUUCAUUACGGCCCUCAUUUCGCGAGUGCGCGAACUCGACCUGUUCAUUGGUCACGCGUCGACUCAGCGUUUGUCUUUGCUACCGCCGUCCUCUGCGAAGGCUUUGCGCAAUAUUCACGUCGACUUCGUGCAGGGUGGAAGUGAAGUGCAGUCCCUCUGUACUCUGCUGUCCACAUCGCCGAAGCUUCGACGGUUCUCGUGGACCAAUCACUUCGACAUUUGUGCUGUGCCCCCUCCUUCUAACAUUGCCUGGAGUCAGCUCGUUCGUGCAGAGCUCGAGGAAUCGCCUAUGACCUUCCAAGCCUUCUUCGGCAUGUUGACUGUUGGACGAUCGCUGGAGACUGUCUGCGUUCGCCUAACACGUCAUGGCACAUCGCCUGAGAAGUUGCGUGGUUCAGUCACACAAUAUGCUCUCACUAAGCUGCUGCUGUGCGGUCACGAGGCACUCGACGAAGUAUUCAACGCGAUUCGGCUUCCAUCGCUACAGCAGUUUACGCUGGACUGCAAAUCGCAAGACUCAGUUGACUGGCCCUGCCUCGACGCGCGGUCCUUACAUCGCUUCAUUUCGAACAUUUCUGCUCUGCAAAAGCUCGAUAUCACGCCGGGCGGGACUGUUGAUGAGGACGCAUUGCUUGCCCUCCUCACUCUUCCCCAAUCAGCCACCAUCGCCGACCUUCACGUAGACCUAUCGGUCGUUAGCGACCGAAUGAUCACGGCAAUGUACCGCGGUCAGGGUGGUCCACUUCUUCCUCAACUGUCGCGCUUGUCCAUAGGAUACUGUGCGACGACUGAUAGUGUGAUCUCUGACCUACUGUGGUCGCUUCACCAGAGCUGCUCUCCUUUGACAUAUGCUCAGAUCCGCUUCAUGCGGAGAGAGCAAGGCCGGCAUCCGGUUGACGAACGCGAGUUUCGUCGGUUGGGCGCGGUAGGAUUACUCGCGGAGAGGUUCUUCUGACCAAGAUCUCGAUUUUGACCGGGCUGAGUAACAUGAAAUAUCCAGUGAGUCGUCGCUUCGCCAUUGGAAUACAGGUCGUACUACAUCAAAAUUAUGAGAAUACACCGUCAUUGACUUCAGGGUGCCGCCC